UUCAAGCCAUCUUACAUUUAUACAAUAUUGUGCUAGCGGCCUGUUUCAAUAUGAAAUAGAAGUCUGAGUCGUAUCAGAAAUGCUACGGCGAUCUCCUCAAACAUAUAUGAAACUAUUAUGCCUUGUGAGUGGUGACAUCAGCUUGUAUGUACGUACAAAGGACUUCGAAUCUCGAAACGGAAGCGAAGAGAUACCAAAUAACACAUCUCACUACACCCUCGGCCAAAUACGCACAACUCCAAACUCUAGUGAAACGUGGAUGCCUGGCACAACUCCCAAUUACGAGGCGUCAGGAACAACACUGGAGGAAUGUAAAGAGCAAACGUGCACGGUCACUCUGUCUGGAAAAUUCCUGGGAUCCUCGGCGGAGAUUACUCCAGCAACCGCACUCAACCGUUUAUUCUUUUCAGAUCGCGCUCUUUAAUCGCGUCCAAAUGGCUAAGAAGAAGAAGAAUCCUCAGGCCGAUGCAUCUGCGACCGUCAAUGGCAAUGGAGCUGGCGCCGCCGUGCCCCCAACUGCUGCUGCACCUCCACCUCCGAAGAGCAAAGCGAAAGCACCAGAGCCAACCACAUCCGCAUUGAUCAUAUGCCGCAACAAGUAGGUUCAAGUGGAGACAUUGGAGAUACAUUUCCUCAUUUCACGGCCCAUGGCUUCAGCUGCCCCCAGAGGUCCUCGAAUCCCUUGCGCAUAGCAACUAUCUAUCACCCCGCCCUCAUCCGAUUGACC